AUGAUUGGCUCUUGGAAUGUGAGGGGUAUCAAUGACCCCAUUAAGCAUUCAGAGAUUAGAAAAUGGAUUGAGGAUAACCAUUUAUCUCUGAUUGCUAUCAUUGAAACAAGGGUUCGAAUGGAGAAUGUUGAUAGAGUUUGGAGGAAUUUAAGGCUUAAAAACUGGAAAUUGGUGAACAAUAAUGACUGUGGACAAAAUGGAAGGAUUUGGGUUGCUUGCAAGAAUGAGGUGCAGUAUAGCUUGGUGGCAAAAACAGAUCAAUACAUUUUGGGAGAAAUACAGUAUGAGGGUAAGAAGUUUACUUGUACUUUUGUGUAUGGUUUAAAUGAUGCUAUAAAUAGGAGAGUGUUGUGGAGUAAUCUGGUUAGCCAGAGUAGAAAUGUUGAUAAUCCUUGGAUUGUAUUAGGUGAUUUUAAUGCAAUCAUUAAGGAUAGUGAGAGAUGUGGGGGAAACCUUGCUUGUGUUAAUGAUUGUGAGGAGUUCAAAAGAUGUUUAGAGGAGUCUAAGUUGGUGGAAUUGAAAUGGAGAGGCAACAUGUACACUUGGACUAAUAACCAGAGUGGGGAUAAUAGGAUUUGGAGGAGGCUUGAUAGGGUGAUGGUGUCUGAAAAUUGGAUUGAAUCUUUUGAUGCAGAAGUGUGUGUUUUAAGUCAGGGGAUUUCUGACCAUGCGCCUUUAGUGGUCAAGUUUAAUGACCCUGUUGUGAAUAGUUUCAAGCCUUUUAGAUUUUUCAAUCUUUGGGUUGAAGCUACAGAUUUUCAGGAGAUUGUAAUGAAUAGUUGGAAUGAACAAGUGGAGGGGCACAAAAUGUAUAGAGUUGUUCAGAAACUGAAAAGAUUAAAGAAGGAGCUUAGAAAACUAAACAUGAGUACCUUCUGUGAUAUCUCAACUCAAGCUAGGGAGAAAUUGAGAGAAGAUCAGGAGAAAGUUCAGAAGAACCCUUUAGAUGCAAGAAUGCUGGAAGUGGAAUUGAGCUCAGUUAAUAACCUUAGGAAGUUGCUAAGGCUGGAAGAGAGUUUUUAUAGACAAAAGUGUAGGGUUCAGUGGAUAGAGCUAGGUGACCUUAACACCAAGUUCUUUCACAAGUCUUUAGUACAAAGACAAGCAACAAACAGAAUAACUCAUUUGAAGGUAGAUGGUGAGAUUAUUGAGGAUAAUGAAAGAAUUUCUCAGUGUAUUAUUGAGUAUUACAAUGAGCUUAUUGGGAGACAAAAACUCAGGAAGGAUGUUAUAAGGUAUGAUAUUAUGGAAGAGGGGAGAUAUGUUUCUGAGGAGGAUAGAAUCAAAUUAUGCUUGGAGGUAACAGAUUCUUAUGUCAAGGAUGCUAUGUUCAGUAUUGGCUCUGAUAAGGCCCCUGGAGCAGAUGGUUAUAGCAGCUUAUUCUUCAAGAAAAGCUGGCAUAUUGUGGGGAGAGAUGUUUGUGAUGCUGUGAAGGACUUCUUUGUAACAGGGAAGCUUCUGAAACAGGUCAAUUCAACUAUUAUUACUAUUAUACCUAAAGUAAUUAAUGCUGAAUUGUUAAAUGAUUUUAGGCCUAUAUCAUGUUGUAAUGUAGUUUAUAAAUGCAUUACAAAAAUCAUUGCCAAAAGACUUAGUGGAUGUCUAGAUUACCUUGUGAGUAGGUCCCAAUCUGCCUUUGUGCCUGAUAGGAGAAUUAGUGAUAAUAUAUUGCUUGCUCAUGAACUUGUACACAACUAUCAUAAAGCUAAGGGGAGGGGUGACUGUGCAAUGAAAAUUGACUUGAGGAAAGCUUAUGACUCAAUUCAUUGGGAUGGAAUAGAAGAGGUGUUAUUAGGCUUGAGGUUUCCUGAGAAAUUCAUUAAGUGGAUUAUGGUGUGUGUGAGGACCCCUACAUUCACUGUCAUGAUCAAUGGGAAGCCUGAGGGGUAUUUUCAGGGAGCCUGUGGUGUGCGACAGGGGGGCCCAAUGUCCCCUUUGAUUUUUGUACUGGUAAUGGAAUAUUUGUCUAGGACUUUCAGUAAGAUAUGUGAUAGUAACUUUGGUUACCACUAUGGUUGUAAAGAGAUGAGGAUCAAGCACUUAUGUUUUGCAGAUGAUCUGUUUGUGUUCUGUAAAUGCAAAAUGAAUAGUGUGAAUCAGAUUGUUAGAGCCCUGGGUCAUUUCCAUGAUGCUACUGGUCUUGAACUAAAUGUAAAUAAAAGCUGUAUUUACUUUAGUGGGGUGGAAGAGAAUAUGAAAAAAGACAUUAUUGAUGAGAUUGGGUUUAAAGAAGGGAAUCUUCCUGUUUGUUACCUGGGUGUGCCUUUGAUUAGUAAGAGACUUACUAGAGAGGACUGUUGUGGAUUGGUGGACAGAAUAACCAAUAGAGUUUCUCACUGGACAGUUAGACAUCUGACUUAUGCUGGGAGAUUGCAACUGGUCAAUGCUGUACUUUUUAGUAUGCAUGUAUACUGGAGUACUAUGUUCAUUCUGCCUUUAACUGUAAUCAGAGAGGUGGAGAGGAUUUGCAGGAACUUUCUUUGGAAAGGCAAAACUGAAUCUAGUAAGGGAAAUAUGGUGGCUUGGGAUGAGGUAUGUAAAAAGAAGUGUGAGGGUGGAUUAGGUGUUAAGAAUAUGAUUCUGUGGAACAGAACAGCUAUCAUGAAGCAUGUGUGGGAGUUAGUAGCUGUAAAAAAGUCUCUUUGGGCCAAUUGGGUGAUAAAGAAUAAGUUGAGGCUCAUGAGUUAUUGGGGUAUCACAAAACCUUUGAUAGCUAGCUGGAGUUGGAGGAAUCUGGUGAAAAUCAGAGAUGAGAUGAAGCAAUGUUUUGAGUAUACACUGGGAAAAGGAGACUUGUCGUUUUGGUUUGAUCCAUGGGUUAAUGGAAAGUCUAUCAGUGAUUUAUAUCCUAGCAUUUCAAUUGAAGACUCAGAUAUUGCUAGGAAUGCAAAAGUGAAAGAUCUGUGGAAGAGGGGUGGGUGGUGUAUUCCUGACCCUUUUGAUGAACAUACUGAAGAAGCCUGGAAUAUGAUUAGAGAGAACUUCUAUGUGCAGGAGGAUUGUGAUGAUUGUAUAAGGUGGAAUCCAAAUAGAAGUGGCAUUUUCACUAUCAAGUCUGCUUGGGAAUUCUUUAGAAGCCAUUACAACAAAGUCACCUGGUGGAAAAUCCUGUGGAUUCCUGGAUAUGUGCCUCGUCACAGCUUUGUAAUGUGGUUAGCAAUGAAGCAGAGGCUAAAAACAAGACAGAAGCUAAAGAAGUGGGGCUGCAUUGAUUCUGAUACUUGUGUUUUCUGCAAUAGCAAUGUUGAAGACAUUGAGCAUUUGUUUUUCAACUGCUCCUUUUCUCGAGUUGUGUUUCAAAAGGUGAUGAAGAAUUGCUUGAUUAAUAGAGAGAUGGAAUCAUGGAGGAGGGAAGUCUCUUGGUUCAGCAAGAAAGCCAUAGGGAAGAAUAUCUUGGCUAGAGUGAGGAGAAUUGCUUUGGCCUGCACUGUUUAUAACAUCUGGAAAGCCAGAAACCGGAUGAUUUUCUGCAAUGAAGUUUUGACUGUGGAGGAUGUGUAUAGAUGGAUUAGACAGGAAGUACUCAUGAAGAUGUAUAUGAGAAGAUGCAAUUCUAGUUUAUUUUUGAGGCUUUAUCAGAAUUGGCAAUCUUGUAGCCUAUCUGAUUGA